AUGGGGCCCUCAGCCAGUGAGUCUAGAUCUGCAGCAGAGAACGGUGUUGAAGAAUCAAAUCCACCAGAAAUUGUUAUAUCAGUGCUAAAUACUCCAGCUCCUCCUCCUCUAGGGCAUGAGCUCGCCUGGUCAAUAAGAGAGGGAAUUUUUCCUCGCAGAAACAAGUCAUCAUCACUGUUCAGACAUGUCAUUUCAGUAUUUUGUGGUUUAUUUCCCGUCCUCUCUUGGGGAAAGGAAUAUAAUGGAAAGACCUUUAGGAGUGACCUGAUGGCAGGCUUAACUCUUGCAAGCCUUGGCAUUCCACAGAGCAUUGGAUAUGCCAAUUUAGCCAAACUGGAUCCUCAGUAUGGCCUUUAUACAAGCGUCGUACCACCUCUAAUCUAUGCUGUGAUGGGGAGUUCGAGAGAAAUAGCUAUUGGUCCAGUUGCUGUUGUCUCUCUGCUCCUGUCCUCAAUGCUUCAGAAACUAGCAGAUCCACAGGUUGAUCCUGUGUCCUACAGAAAGCUGGUUUUCACUUCAACAUUUUUUGCCGGUAUCUUUCAAGCUGCCUUUGGAUUGUUCAGGCUGGGUUUUCUGGUGGACUUUCUUUCGCAUGCCGUCAUUGUCGGAUUCAUGGGAGGAGCUGCGAUUGUAAUUAGUCUGCAACAACUGAAAGGCCUACUUGGCAUCGCACACUUCACGACCAAAACGGAUGUAGUUUCUGUCAUAGAGGCUGUUUGGAAUGCAUUUCAUCAACAUUGGCACCCAGAAAAUUUCUAUCUUGGCUGUUCAUUCCUUGUUUUUCUCCUGAUCACCAGAUUUAUAGGAAGGAGAAAUAACAAGCUUUUCUGGCUGCCUGCCAUUGCACCAUUGAUCUCUGUUAUACUGUCAACUCUACUUGUUUUCAUGACAAGGGCAGAUAAACAUGGUGUAAUAACAAUACAACACAUAAAAGGAGGCUUGAAUCCAAGCUCUGCUAAACAGUUACAGUUCACUGGGCAAUAUGCGGCCGAAUGUGCAAAAGUUGGCCUGAUUUGUGCCAUCAUAGCUCUCACGGAGGCCGUUGCUGUUGGGCGAUCUUUUGCUUCAAUAAGAGGUUACCACCUGGAUGGAAACAAGGAAAUGGUAGCUAUGGGCUUCAUGAACAUUGCUGGGUCUUUGUCCUCUUGCUAUCUUGCAACAGGCUCUUUCUCUCGAACUGCUGUGAACUACAGUGCUGGAUGCAAAACAGCAGUCUCCAACAUUGUCAUGGCCAUCACAGUGUUUGCUGCAUUGGAAUUGCUCACAAGACUCUUAUACUACACUCCUAUUGCCAUCCUGGCUUCAAUCAUCCUUUCCUCCCUUCUAGGAUUAAUUGAUAUUGGUGAAGCUUAUGCCAUUUGGGAAGUCGACAAAGUAGAUUUCCUUGCUUGCCUAGGAGCAUUCUUUGGCAUACUAUUUGGUUCAGUGGAGAUUGGCCUUUUGAUUGCGGUUGCAAUCUCCUUUUCUAGGAUCAUACUGAACUUGAUUAGGCCACAAAUAGAAAUGCUGGGAAGAAUUCAAGGGACAGACAUCUUUUGCAGCAUUAAACAGUACCCAAUGGCUAACCAAGAAUCAGGCUUGCUGAUACUUCGGAUGGACUCUUCAUUCCUCUAUUUCGUCAAUGCCAAUAUGAUCAAAGAAAGGAUUGCAAAAUAUUGUGUGAAAGAAGGACAAGAUGAAAUAGAGGAGAAUCCCAAAGAAAGAAUCCAAUCAGUGGUCAUUGACAUGUCAAACGUUAAGAACAUUGACACCACAGGAAUUGCUGCAUUAGAAGAGUUGCACAAGAAGCUAGACACUCUUGGUAUACAGCUAGUUAUGGCCAACCCUGGGUGGCUGCUCAUUCACAAGAUGAAAUUGGCUAGUUUUGUGGACCUGAUUGGAGAGAAAUGGAUCUUCCUUACUGUGGGUGAAGCUGUGGAAGCAUGCCUUAAUGCCCAUAAAGACAAUGGCAAUAAUGGUUGAGUGAUCACCAUGCUCGAUUUAUCUGUUUCUAAAUGAAUGGCUACUUUAGGGCAGUAUAUAUCCCUUCGAAGGAGAUUUCAUUAGAAUUUCUUUCUCCAUCUAUCUAUCUAAAGAGUGAAAAAGCUUGGGAAUGUACAAAAGAUAUCUUGCCUGUAUGUGGAGAACUGUCUAAGGUUUAGUAUCUUGGAAUAUUUUAAUGAUGCUUAUGGCUUGCUAAUGUACAGUGGAUUAAUUUUAUAUUAGCUUUAGAAGGAAAGCCCAUUGUU